UAUGGGCAAGGAAGUGUUCAGUCAACUCCAGAGGACCAACGAUCCACAACACAAGACUGCAUCUGUCAACCAUGAGGGUCAUCAGCAUCGGUCCAGACCCAUCUCUGGCAUAUCGGCCAAAUCUGGAGAAGAAUGAAACCAAAGAGAAGGAAGAUUACAGAAACUUUGAGAGUGGAAGCCUAAUUGACCGUGUGUUCAACACAUACAAGCUAAUGCACACUAACCAGACGCUGGACUUUGUAAAACAAAGGCACUAUGAAUGGACCGGGUGCAACCACACUCGGAUGGGGAUGAUGGACGCCAUCAUGUCCCUAGACCAGCUGGUGGACGAGUCUGAUCCUGAUGUGGACUUCCCCAACUCCUUCCACGCCUUCCAGACUGCUGAGGGCAUCCGCCAAGCACACCCAGACAAAGACUGGUUCCAGUUGGUGGGUCUGAUCCAUGAUGUUGGGAAGACAAUGGCUCUUUGGGAUGAACCCCAGUGGGCUGUCGUAGGCGACACCUUCCCAGUGGGCUGCAAGUUUCAAAACUCCAUUGUGUUCAGAGACAGUACCUUCCAGGAUAACCCAGAUGACAAAAAUCCCAGCUACAAAACUGAACAUGGCAUCUAUGAACCAAACUGUGGGCUCGACAGUGUGCUAAUGUCCUGGGGCCAUGAUGAGUAUCUCUACAGAGUUAUGAAGUUCAACAACUGCUCUAUUCCUGAGGAGGGGUUGUACAUGAUUCGCUUCCAUUCAUUCUACCCCUGGCACUCUCAUGGAGACUACAUGCAACUGUGCAAUGACAAAGACCUGCGCAUGCUGCCCUGGGUUCAAGAGUUCAACAAAUUUGACCUCUACACAAAAACCACUGAUCUGCCCGACGUCGACAAUCUGAAGCCGUACUACCAGUCCCUAAUAGACAAGUACUGUCCUGGAAUACUGAAUUGGUGAACGAGACAACACAGAUAUGUUGUCAGAAAACAGCUAAUACACAUAUAUUACUGAUCACUGAAUAUAUUUCUAUCAACUAUCUACUCAGAAUAUAACUAUCUAUAUCUUACACUGUUAUUAAAGAAACAUAUCAUGAUUGUUACAGAUUUUCAACAAAAAUAAAUUCCAGAGAAGCCUUUUUAUUUUACUGUAUUUUAAUGUUAUAAAAAACAUUUUAAAAGUACUACAAUUUGCGUGAGGUUUCAUUUCUAAUACUGGCAGAAACAAAAGACAACUUUGUGGAAAAAAGGAAAAAGUGCAGACUUCUUUUAGUUCUGUACAUACAGCAAAAGACCACAGUGACAAUAUACCUUAUGCAAACACACAAACGCAACACAAACAGGAGACAAAGAGAAACAUGAACAACACACAUUUACUCUCUUGAAACAGAACCCACCUUAUAUAUUUAAUUUAAUAUUUCUCUCUACUUUCAAAAUGAUUUGUUCUGCAGACUAGAUUUCAUUUUGUUCAACUGAAGUCAGAACCAACCAGGUUGUUUCUGAUGUAGACAACUGAUAUAGAGUAUGAACAAUGCACUGCAGUAAAGUGGCAAACAUUUGAAGGCAAAUUAACUUAAUUUAAUAUAACUGGCUGAUCUGGAAAUACAAAUAUACACAGAACAAUUCCUUUGGCCAUUUUGGUUUUUAUGAAGGCAGGUGGUGAUAACGGCGAUCUACCUUUUCAAAACUUUCUUUUUCCGAGGUUCUCAUCUUUUUCUUUCCUGUCUUCUU